AUGGAGAAGGAGAAGCUCGGCGUGGCGCUGUGCCCCUACGACCCGCAGCACAACAGCACGGCCGUGUAUGUCGACGGCGAACUCUUCACCGGGACCGUGUCCGACUUCUCCGGGCUGGACCCCAUCAUCUACCGGGAGCCGCUGCAGACGGAGCAGUACGACUCCAUGAGCCUCAAUGCACAACAUGCCGUGUUCUCGCGGGUGGCGCGUGUCUGCAAGCGGGACAGCGGCGGUCCCCACAACUUCCGGAACCGGUGGACGUCGUUCCUCAAGGCGCGGCUCAACUGCUCCGUGCCCGGCGACUUCCCCUUCUACUUCAACGAGAUGCAGUCGACCACGGACAUGAUCUCGGGCGUGUACGGCGGCAACCACUCGCAGCUCAUGUACGGCGUGUUCACGACGCCCGUCAACAGCAUCUCGGGCUCGGCCGUGUGCGCCUUCUCGCUCAGGGACAUCAACAAGGCCUUCGAGAGCUCGUUCAAGGAGCAGGCCGAGAUGAACGCCAACUGGCUGCCGGUGCCGCCCAACAAGGUGCCGGACCCGCGGCCCGGGCAGUGCGUCAACGACUCCCGGACCCUCCCCGACCUGACGCUCAACUUCAUCAAGACCCACUCGCUGAUGGAUGGGUCCGUGGCGUCCUUCUUCAGGCAACCCGUCGUCAUCAGGACUAGCUUCAACUACCGCUUCACGCAGAUCGCUGUGGACCCGCAGGUGAAGACCCCCGGCGGGAAGGCGUACGACGUUCUGUUCAUCGGCACAGACAACGGCAAGGUGAUCAAGGCCGUGAACGCGGACGCGGCCGACACGACGACGCGCGUCAGCCCCGUGGUCAUCGAGGAGAUGCAAGUGUUCCCGUCGCACAUCCGGAUCCGGAACGUGCGCGUCGUCAAGGCGGGCGAGGGCGGCGUGACGGACGGCCGGCUCGUCGUGGUCUCGGACGGCGAGGUGCAGGCGCUGCGGCUGCACCGCUGCUACUCGGACAAGAUCCUGUCGUGCGCCGAGUGCGUGGCUCUGCAGGACCCGUACUGCGCCUGGGACAAGCAGUCGGGCCGGUGUCUGGCGCAGAGCGCGCUGGGCGCGGGCCAGGCCGCCAAGCGCUGGGCCGAUGACAAGCAGUUCUACCAGAGCAUCGCGACGGGCAGCCACCCGGGCUGCCCGGCCAGCAAGGCGGCCUCCACGCGCCACAGCGACCGGCAGCACGGCGACGCGCCGAGCGCCAGCUCCACGCACACCUCGCACAAGACGUACCACAACCCGGACUCGAGGCAGGCCGGCAAGGAGGGCGACGGCGACGGCGAGGUCAUCAACAUCACCCAGGGCACCGACUCGGGCCCCGAGGUGAGCGCGGCGGACUCGCUCAUCCCGCAGUACUCCGUCGAGACGCUCGCCAUCGCCGUGGUCGCGGGCGCCGCGGCCGCGCUGCUCAUUGGCUUCGCCAUGGGCUACCUGUGCGGCCGCAAGUGCAAGAAGGACGACGACGACAACCUGCCCUACCCCGACACGGAGUACGAGUACUUCGAGCAGCGGCAGAACGUCAACAGUCGGCUCACUGCAGAACCAAAACUGUUGCCCCAGGAGGAGGUGACGUACGCAGAGCCUCUGCACCUCCCAACGGCCAAUAGCAAGUCGUUAAAUUCCCCCAAAAGUACGUUAAGAAAAGUGCAGCAGCACGCCAACAGCACUGCUGCCCAAGAGACGCUCUUCCAGUUCCCAGAGGCGUACGCUCCUCCGAGCUACGCUCAGCAGCGAAUGCCCCGGGAUAACUUCGGCACGCUGCGGUCCCAUCACGACGGCUUCGGGACCACCAGGAGUGUGAAAAAGGUGUACCUCUGAGACUCCGCGGGGGAGGAGGAGCACGGCCAUGACCUCGGUCACCACACCCGCCACGGCAGGCACCAGCCGCGCCCGGGUCAUGGCACGCACCGCAGCCAGGGAGGCUCUCGCCGGCCGCGGGGGGCGCACCCCCUCGCCACCAGCAGCCCGCCCUCCAGCGCCUCCUCCUCCUCCCCCUCGCCGCCCUCCUCCUCGCCCUCCCCGCCGCCCAACGACCCCGGGCCGGGGCAGGGGCAGGGGGUGGGGAUGCCGCCCUGCAGCUACAUCUACAGGACCUAGCAGCUGAGCAGCAACACUCCGUCCGUGGGGCGCUCGACCACCCGCCUGGACUCGCUCAGUGUGGAGACGCUGUGCUCCCACUGGCGGCCCCCUGCCUCGGCCCCGGGUCCUGGUGGGGCCACCGGCCUCGCAGGGCCCUCUGGCAUGGCGUCUGGCAUGGCCCCAGGGUGCCUCUCGGAUUAUAGAUGAGCCCCUGGCCCGUGCCCCCCGUCGGCGGGGAGCUCCACAAGUCAAGUGGACGACCUGGUUGCAUGGCCACUAUUUUGUUUGGUAGCCCCGGGUUGCCCAGCUUCGCCACGGACCAUUUGAAAGCCCCCUCCCCCCUCCUUUGCGAAGCUUUAGGUGGGGUGACGGUGUGUUGCUAGUUGUCUCUCUGG